AGCACCUCGCCGGUCGAGGGGUCGCAGCAUCGGGCACCCACCUCAGGGGUCGGGCCCCUGCGGGCACCGCCGGGAGCCAGGCCUCUCCCCUGCGGCCUGAGCCGUUGAGGGACCGGGGCCGCUCCCGAGGUGCCCGAGGCGCUGUGGGGUCCGCGGUCCCGGCCCCGCGCCCGGGAGUCGGCCACGUUGUUCCGGGGGAAUCCGCGGAGACUGCGGGCCGGCGUUCGCGCGGCUCUGCGCCCCGGGCCGCGACGCUUCUGUCCCGAGUUGUGCCAAAUAGACGCGCGCCCUGGUUUCUGUCGACCCCUCCCUGACCCCCCCACCCCAAACAGACAGACAGACUGACACCCCCUGGGGUCUGAAGUGGUUAUAAAUUUUGAACAUGAGUGACCAGAUCAAAUUCAUUGUGGAUAAUCUUAAUAAGGAGCCAUUUAGGAAGAACUAUAACUUAAUCACGUUUGAUUCUCUGGAGCCUAUGCAAUUAUUACAAGUUCUCAAUGAUGUUCUGGCUGAGAUUGACCCAAAGCAAGUCGCUGAUGUCAGAGAGGAGAUGCCAGAGCAAACAGCCAAGAGGAUGUUGAGCCUUCUUGGUAUCCUUAAAUAUAAACCUCCAGGAAAUGCCACAGACAUGAGUACUUUUCGUCAGGGUCUGGUGAUUGGAAGUAAACCAGUAAUUUACCCAGUCCUUCACUGGCUUCUUCAGAGGAGUAGUGAACUGAAGAAACGAGCAUAUUUAGCUCGAUUUUUAAUAAAACUUGAGGUGCCAAGUGAGUUUCUUCAGGAUGAAACUGUGGCUGAUACCAAUAAACAGUAUGAAGAGUUGAUGGAAGCUUUUAAAACUUUGCAUAAAGAAUGUGAACAGCUUAAGACAUCUGGAUUUUCUACAGCAGAAAUAAGAAGGGAUAUCAGUGCGAUGGAGGAAGAGAAAGAUCAACUUAUUAAGCGAGUUGAGCGGUUGAAGAAAAGGGUGGAGCCAGUUCAGAAUCAUCAACAGAUGCUUAAAAUAGCAAGGCAGCUUAGAGUUGAAAAGGAGAGAGAAGAAUUUCUCAUACAACAGAAGCAGGAACAAAAGAAUCAGCUAUUUCAUGCAGUUCAAAGACUGCAAAGAGUUCAAAAUCAGUUGAAAAAUAUGCGCCAUGCAGCAGCAGAUGCAAAGCCUGAAAGUUUACUGAAGAGGCUAGAGGAGGAGAUAAAGUUUAAUUCAUAUAUGGUAACUGAAAAAUUUCCCAAAGAAUUAGAGAACAAGAAAAAAGAACUGCAUUUUUUACAGAAAGUGGUUUCAGAACCAGCUAUGGGUCACUCUGAUCUUCUCGAACUCGAAUCUAAAAUUAAUGAAAUAGGCACAGAGAUCAACCAACUGAUAGAAAAGAAAAUGAUGAGAAAUGAGCCAUUUGAGGGCAAACUGUCCUUAUAUAGGCAACAGGCGUCCAUCAUUUCUCGUAAAAAAGAAGCCAAAGCUGAAGAACUCCAGGAAGCAAAAGAAAAGUUGGCUCGUCUAGAGAAAGAGCUGUCAAUGAAGACAAAUCAGACCCGUGAAUCUGGUGGCACUGAAGUUUUAAAGGCAGAUGAGUUCAAACGGUUUGUCAAUAAACUUCGAGGCAAGAGUACAGUUUUCAAAAAGAAUCAUCAACUAAUAGCUGGACUUAAAGCUGAAUUUGGUGUCUUGCAGAGGACGGAGGAACUUCUUAAGCAACGUCACGAACAUAUUCAGCAUCAACUGCAAACUGCUGAAGAGAAAAAGGGUGUAUCUGGAUAUAGUUACACUCAAGAAGAACUAGAAAGAGUAUCCACUCUGAAGAGUGAAGUUGAUGAAAUGAAAGGACGAACACUGGAUGACAUGUCUGAAAUGGUAAAAAAACUAAAUUCUCUGGUAUCUGAGAAGAAGUCAGCUUUAGCUCCAAUUCUAAAAGAACUAAGAGAAUUGCGUCAGAAAUGCCAAGAACUAACCCAAGAGUAUGACGAAAAGAAAUCUCAGUAUGAUAGCUGUGCAGCAGGACUUGAAAGCAAUCGGUCCAAAUUAGAACAGGAAGUUAGAAGACUCCGUGAAGAAUGUAAUCAAGAAGAAAGUAAAUACCAUUAUACAAACUGUAUGAUUAAGAACCUAGAAAUACAACUCUGUCGUGCAACUGAUGAAAUGAAGGCAUAUGUCUCUUCUGAUCAACAGGAAAAGAGAAAAGCAAUUAGAGAGCAGUAUACCAAAAAUAUUGCUGAACAGGAGAACCUUGGAAAGGAGCUCCGAGAAAAACAAAAGGCUGUACGAGAAAGUCAUGGUCCAAAUAUGAAACAAGUGAAAAUGUGGCGUGAUUUUGAACAGCUCAUGGAAUGUAAGAAACAAUGCUUUCUGAAACAACAAAACCAAACUUCCAUUGGCCAGAGGAAUCUUUUAGCAACUAGUAUCUCUUGUUUUGAAGAAACGUUUAUCUGAAGUUCAGCAAUUCCUACAGUUUCACUUCAAUUUUUCUUGUGUAAAAUCCAAGAUAAUUUAAUAUUUUGAAUAGCAUAUUCUAUUUGUAAAUUUAAAGACAAAUAAAACUCAUUACACAUGCCA